GAUUCAUGUUUUUGUGCCGGCAUCCCAAACAACCACUGAGACAGAUUUUGAACCAACCCCUAUGCUACAGAUUGAAGGGACUACAGAAACCACUCCUGAAACCCCCAAACAACUUCAAGAGACCACACCCACGAUUCCCCCAGCUCCAACUAAAAUUCAUCCAGCCGCAGAAGACGCUGCUGCCCUGUUGAUGAUGGCACGGACAGCAACCUAUGUUCCUAAAACAUAUCCAGGUGUGCCAUCAUUCAGCCUUGGAUUGACUGAUUCAAGCCAGGAGGGGGCGUCAACGCAGGAGACAGAAAGGGCAAAAUCUCCUGAAGCUGCAAAUUUGCUAGAACAAUUGGACGAUUUGGUCCAAAAAAUAGCAAGCAGUGCGGCGAAGGGAAAAAACAAAAGUCCACAAAUUCAGAGGGAGACUGGGGGAGAAAGUUCUGCGAAGUUUGAAACUCCUGGGGCAAUAAAUCAGAUUACGGAUGAUAUGAAACAAAAGUGCUACAUCUGGGGGACGAGACUGAAGGAAGACGCAGAUGGCAAUACUAACGAGUAUGAGGAGAUGUGCACUCUCAUUGCCCAAAAUGAAUACAUUUUGAUGAGAAUGCACCUUGCAUCCCUCCAGGCAAAAAGUGAUAUAGAAUCUCAGGUAAUAUUAGAAUAACAUUAAUGUUUUUACA